UAAAGGCUGGAGGUUUGGGAAGAAUGCAGUAGUUCAUUGUGCAAUUAAUGUAGCAUUUAAAGAAAAAAUGGGACGCUUCAUUUACUGGCCUUGCUCUGCAUUGUCACAAUUUUCACCCGACGCUAAAAUCUGAGAUAUCUCGGUCAGCCGCAGCAUGUCAGCCAUUGUGGCCAAAACCUCCCUUCACCUGCAGAGACAGCAAACACAGCUGAUAUGGACCAAAAUCAACGAGCUGCGCCGCACGGCCACUCUUUGCGAUGUCGUCCUCAAGUCAGUAGAGGGCACCACUUUCAUGGCACACAGACUAAUUCUGGUCUCAUCAGCGAAGUACUUUGCAAAUGCUUUGUUAAAUACAGAACCGUGGGUUGUACCAGUAAAUCUUCCAGAAGUGUUGAUAACACCAGUGUUGGACUACUUGUAUGGGGAGAAAAUCAGUGUUGGCAAGGAUAUGCUGCCUCAGCUUGCAUCUAUGGCAGAGUUUCUUGGUAUAGAGGAACUAAAGGGGAGUUGUGAGCAGGCAAUGCAAUCCGCACUGUCACAACCAACACAAUCAGUUGUGACACACCAAACACAAUCAGGACUGUCACAACCAACACAGUCAGAUUUGUCUCAGCCAGUGCAUCCAGAGUUGUCACACCUAACGCAGCCAGAUGUGCCACAGCCACUUCAGUCCUCAGAUGUGGAUGUGGUUGUAAGCAUGCUGUCAGGGAAUAAUUCUUCUGUUGACCCCAAAACAGAUGCAAACAAUAGCAGUACAACCACAGAGCAGCCUUCCCAGAAGGCAUCACCAGCAGUGAAUUGCAACAGCACCAGUGGCGAAGGAGACAUGGCAACAGACAGAGGAGCGACACGAGGGGAAGGUGAGAUGAAACAGGGGAACAACAGGCGUCCUUAUGGUCUUAGGGAAGGCAGCAUUAAACUAGAGAGCCUAAAGGAUUUGCCUGACAUCUUGGCUUGCCUGAAUCCCAGGGAGAGAGAGGCAGUAAACACAGCUAUGAAGAUGGUGGAGCAGAACUCUCUUCAGACUGAGGCUCACAGUGAGGAGACGGACCAGGAGGCAGGAGUCCUGGCCAACGUCCCUUUGCACGGCAUUAUGGGAAGGCUGGAGAAGCCGAAAGACUCCACCAGGAUGGGCAGUGGGUCUGCAAGCAAACGGAAAUCAAAGCCUAGGCAUAUAGUGCAAAUACGACCUAGGGUGACUGUUGAUGAACUCUUAUCACCGCCGGGUAAGAGAAAACGUGGGCGGCCCAGGCAGAGCGCUCCUUCCCAACCCAAGAUAACGAAGGUGAAAAGAAAAAGGAAAUCGAAACCAAAAUCGAGUUCUAAAUCGAAACCAGAAAAAGACUAUGUUCCACAUAACCAACCGAAGAACUUUGACAAAACCUCUUAUGUUUGUAAACUGUGUCACAGUAGCUUUACGCUGUCUGUGAGUGCAAAGAAGCACAUGUUACAGCAGCAUAGGUACAGGAGAAAGACAGGGUUCUAUCUACAGCUGAGGAGGUAUAGAUAUGUUGGGGCUACAGGGGCACACACAGGGAGGAAGAAAGAGAGGAAAACUUGGCCAUGUCAUAAGUGCUUUAAGACCUUCACAGAUCAGCUCCAUUUGGACCUGCACACCAGGUUAAAGCACCAGACAUUGGGCCGCCCUUCAAAGAGGUCCAGUAGUGUCAGGACACACAACAAAGAGAAAGUGCUAGGGACGUGGACAGCGUUCCAACUCAGAAACUUACUCACCAGGCCCUACUUCAGUGGUAAGAUUGUCUCUCAGAAGAGACCACUCAGGGCCAGGUCUACACGGAGAGUGCCUUCUUUACAGAAAAAGACAAUCAGAUCUGCAAUAAGUAAACUGAAGAAAACAUGCGCUCGCACGAAGACGAAGACUCUACUGCAGUGUCACCACUGUGAGGAGAAAUUUAAGAGCAGGGUAGGGCUUGAGGAUCACAUACAGAUCAUGCAUGGGUCUAGCAUUUGUGACCAGUGCGGUGAGGAAGUGGCACAGAAACAGAUGGCGCUGCACAUGGCGGAAACUCAUGGCCUUGGGCACCGUUUUUAUAAGGACAAAGACUGUGAAAAAUGCCAGCAAACUUUUCAGCUUAAAGAGAUUUUUAAAUUCCAUUGGAAGCAGACGCAUGACAUUGAUGUAUUUCCUUGUGCCGCAAAGGAGUGUGAUGAGUACUUCCUUUCGUACACUGCAUGGUGCCGACACAUGCAGUUUUGUGAUUAA